UCGCUUACUGGUAAUAAAAUUUCGGCAUUAAUGAGAUGUAAAUAGCAAUUUCUACCUUUAUAUUUACUAAUGUCAAUCCAUCGCGAAUAGUGUUUAGUGCAUUUGUGUUUUCAAUACUUAUAUAAAUCCACACCAUCUUUCCUGUACCUUGUUCUAUUUGACAGAGCAUUUGAAUAUGCUUAGCAAAUUCAAAUUGUAGCAAAACAAUGCCAAUUAUAAUGUUACAACAUCAAAAUUGGUUUUUAGGUGAAUCAAGAACGAGAACAAAAACUUUAAGUAAAAGCUCAUUUACUUUUAUAAUUAUGUCUGAUUCCGAUGCAACAGACCUCAACCGAUUCAAGGAUCUAUUCUUAUCCAAGAAACAUACAGAUGUGACAAUACAUGUCAAAGGAGAGAAUAAAACAACUCAUAUAAAAAGCCACAAGGCUUUACUAGCUUUGUCGUCAUUGGUCUUUCAAGAUUUAUUAAUUACUAAUCCUGGUUCAGAAUUAACAAUAGAAGAGCCGGACAUCAAAAACUUCCAAAUUUUAAUCAAAUUCAUUUAUACCCAUGAAGUAGACUUCUCUAAAUUAAAAUCAAAAGACGUCAUCAUCAUCAUACAACUCGCAAUAAAAUACGAAGUACAUGAGUUGGUUGAGUAUUCUGUCGAAGCUGUAUUUAAACAAAAACAUUUAACUGAAUUAUGCUGUAAGAAAUGUCUUGCUGAUUAUUUUAAUUUUGCAUUCAAAGAGAAUAUUGAAAUUAUGAUAAAACCAUGCUUAGAGAUGAUUUCCCGAAACACAGCAAGUUUUUGCAAAGAUGAUGUCUUUUUGUCAUUAAGUCCCGAAGCCCUGAAAACUAUUGUGGAACAAGAUGAUUUAAAUAUAUCAGAAAUUGAUUUGUAUUUAUCUGUUCUGAGUUGGGCAGAGCAUAAGUAUUUCGUAGAUAAUAAUGAAGAUAAGCCUGUGCUCACAAAAAAACAUGACGUACCAUUAAGUUUGCAAAUGAUGGAAAAUAAGACAUUUCAUAUUUUAAAAGUUGAACAUUCAGAUUCAUUACAGCUGGAAGACGAAACCGAAAACAUGUAUUUUAAAGCCCUAUCUGAAUUAAAUAGAGAAACUGAAGCUGACAAUGAAAAUAAACCUAAAGACUUUUGGAUAAUGAUUAGAAGUAUUUUGGACGAAGCAGAUGUAAUAAAAAAUAUUAGAUUCUUGGCUUUUGAUCCUACUGAGUUUGCUUUUAUGUUUGCAGAGAGCAAAAUAUUAACUGUUGAUGAGCUUUCAGAUAUUUUCUUGAAUCACAAUUCAACAUCUCUACAACCACUUUCAUCAGGGUUGAGCAAUAACAGAACACCUCGCCAAGCUCAAAAUAAUAAUCCCAAACUUUGUGUUCAUGCAAUUGUUAUGUUCGAUUUUGUGUCGACCCACAAAUUCUUUGAAACUCAAUUGCCAUUUCCAUAUCCAGUGGUAGAAACAUUUCGUAUUGUAUCUGAACAACCAAUAAUGCUAAUGGCCAUAUUUCUAAAAGGGAAAGAAAGAUCAAGCACAAGUAAAAAUAAGUAUGAUGACUGUUUACAUGUUGAUUUUUACAAGAAAACACCAGAUUUAAAGGACCGUCAGUUAUUUGCAACAGCACACUUUCAUGGAAGGCGUAAUUAUGAAGAGGCUUUGACAAUGACAAUCGAAUAUGAUUUUUGUGCAAGUGUUAAUCCUCUUUUGCAUCGUGGUAGUGAAAUUGAAAUUGAAAUAAUUGGUUUGAGUGUAGGUGCUUAUGUUUGUGGGUUAACAAGGUCAUUGUUAAGUGAUGCGAAUCCUUUUAUUGUCCCUAAAGAAGAAAUUCAGAAACAAUUGACUGUCGGAUUUGGGUUCUGCUUCAACAUGGAAAAAUUGAAUAAAUAGAUACAAGAAGAGGUUGAAUGUUGUUUUUUCCUAUGUAUACUACCUAAUUGUCUUUAAUAAAAAGAGGAUCUGGCCUAGUGGCACAGGAUAUUGAAUAUAGAGUUAUUAAUUCAUUAAUUUGAAAAAUAACAUCUAUUUUUUUGGAGGCUUACUGAACUGUAAAAAGCAUUCAAUUCUCAUUGAUAGGGGAUCGCGAUUAGUUUUCUGCAAAGGCAGGUCCAGCCGUUUUAGAGAU